UACUUUUUCAAAGUAACUAUACCAUCACUGCUCUAGGCUGUGUCAUAUAUGCUUAUCAGUUUAACCCUCUAUUGUUUCCUGGGCUUGUAGAGCUGAUGUCAUGUAGGAUUUUCUGGUAUGAGAGAGGCAGUCAGACAGCUUGUCUUUCUUAAAGCUUUUCUGAAUUCGUUUUUUUUCCGUUAUGAUCAACAGGAAGCCAGGUAUGCGCCGGUCGCUGUCGACGUCCAGCAGGGAUGAAAUUAUUCGCUGGUUUAAAGAGGAGCAGACCCUCAGAGUUUGUUUACAGCAAGGCGAGAGUCGAGUUGCCCCCUGGUUUCAUGGUAUUAUUACUCGUGAGGAGGCGGAGGAUUUGCUGAAGUCAGGCAGCGCUGGAAGCUUCCUGGCCCAGUUCCAAAAGACACAACAUCCUCAGUGUCCUGGAGCUCCAGCUGAAGCACUGGCCACUCCACCUUCUCCAUCCCCACCCAAAAGAGGUACUUCUAAGGCAGCUAGUUGAAGGCGUGAUUGAGGUCCAUGCCAGAGGGGUUCUGCACUGUGACCUCAAGCCAUAGAACAUCCUGGUUCAGAUGUACAGUUAGGAACCACGCCUUCAUCUUCUGUUCUUCUGGACCUUCCUCAUGAGUGGUUUACCCAUGAGGCCAAAUCCUCCACAGUGUUGCAGAUAGGAAUCAUCCUGCUGUGUGUGAGAGGUGACCCUUCAACACCAGCACGGAGAUCACCUCAAAGAAGUCUCAGAUCAUCUCUCCACCAUCUGCUCUAUGACCCCUGGCUAAGUAUACACCACGACACAGCCACCACAUCAGGCACACCUCAGUCAAGUACCAUAUAAAACAAUAAUAAUAAUAAUUUUAAAAAAUCUAUAUUUUCAAUCUCUAGUUUAGAGAGUUCUCUAGUAGAGCUGGGCGAUUAAUCGAUUUUAUCGAUAAAUUCGAAUUUAUAGUUAAGGACAAUGUGUUUUUAUGAAAAUCGAUUUUCUCUGAGUUUUCUUUUUCACCACAGACGCUCCUCUGUGGGCACAGAGUGAGCUUAGCUAGCUCCCUCCAUACCUCCCUCCCUCCCGCGCGCACACCCCCCGCCCCUCCCUCACUCCCUCCCUCCCUCCCUCCCUUGCACGCACAAACACACACACACACACACAUACACAAAACACAUGAAGGCGGAGCUUAAGAGCUACUAGCUCCGUGAUCUGGAGUUGGUUCGGUUUUGCGGCGUCGGACGUAGACCAAACAGGUCCUCGCUGUAAGGUGAACCAAUUUAUCACUAUACCUUAAACAGAAGCAUGUAGCGGAGUGGGAGAAGUGCUACUACCAUAGGAAUGAACGCAGCAGCAGCACCAGUUCACCAUUCAACGUUAAACAAGGAACUGUCCCUGGCACAUCUUCCAACCGUGUACCAGGUUUUGUAUGCACUACAAGUUAAGAUGUUUUGCAUAUUCAUGAGAAAAGAUCUCAUUUUAUAGAACACUGGCACUUAUUUAAAAGCUUUGUUUUGCAAUUCUAGCCCAAUAGGGAAAAGUAUUUACUUAAGAGCAUAUAAAUUGUACUUGUUUUCUAUUGUCUACUUUGUAAGUUUGAUCAAAAAAGGGCACCAUUUCAUUUAUUUCUAUUUGUUUUUAAGGGUGUGUUUAUUUAUUUUUUAAGUUUGAGGGUGCAUUGUGUCAGUACCUAAACUAUGUUGGAGAAAGCUUUCUAAAAGUCACUAGAUGUUCUCACUGUUUACAAUAGUUUUUUUUUGCUUGUUUCUGGUUGCACUUUAACCACAAAUGGAACAUUUUAAGUGAAAACAAAUUAAAUAAGAACUAGUUUUUAACCAUUUCUUUAUCAUCUUUAGUUUGAUUUUUAGUAGGGGGAAAAAUCGAUUUAAAUCGAAAAUUGGAUAAAAAAAAAAAAUCUAAGAUUUUUUUUUUUUUCGGCCAUAUCGCCCAGCUCUAUACUCUAGUUUAGAGGGUUUUUUUAUAAAACACACCUAAGGAAAAUGGCAGGUAUUAAUAAAGCUAUUGAUUCCAUACUUUUAAAAAGGUAAUGAUUUUCUUUAACUAUAUAAAUGUUUUAAUUGUUUUGUGUAUUGUAUGCUUUUAAUUGCUUCCUGUUUUGUAUUUGUGUUCAUGUACUUAAGGCUUUAAUCCUUUUAUCUUGAUAUUGUUUAUCUUUUGAUGUUUAUUAAUUACUUAACUGUAUUUAUCUUUAUGUAGUAUACUGUUAGUGUUUUAAUCCAUACACUUUUUGUAUAUAUUUCUUUUAUUGCUUAGUUACUUGCUUUAUUAAUGGUUAUUGUAUUGGUGUUUUAGUCUUAUUUUGGGCUUAUAUUCAUUAAAAACAUUUUAACGUUUGUCUUUUAGUGCUUUAAUCAAUUAAUAUUGUACUUACCUUUUACUAUUUUACUAUUAAUCUUUCUGUACUUAAUUCUGAUAUUUAUACAUUGUUUUUUAUUUAAUUUUCUUUCAGCUUUGUAUUACAUUGUUUAUUAAUUGUAUGUCUUUUAUACGGGAUUUUAUAUUUGCAUUGUAUAUAUUUUUGUUUCAUUUAAUGUUUAUGCUCUUUGUCUUUUUCAGAUUUUUACAUUUUUCAAUUUGUGUAUUGACCCAAGGAGUAUGGGUUCCUCUCAAGGUUUCUAUCUCUCUUUCUGAGAGAAUUUUCUUUGCCGCUGUCUCCUUUGUGCUUACUCAAAAGAGGUUUGGACACUUUUUUUUUUUUUUUUUUUUUUUUUUUAACUGUUCUUAAUUUUGUUUGUUUCUUAACUUUGUCAAUAAAUGUUUUUUUAUUGCUAUCA